CCUGUUCCUGCCGCGCCCUCUUCCCCGGCCCGGCCGGGCGGGACCAGUGCGCGGCCGGGGCUGGCGGACGGCGGGGUCCGCGCGGCCGCGGGAGAUGACGGCCGCCUGCCAGGCCGAGGCCGAGGGCGCUGGCGGGGAGCCCGGCGCGGCGCGGCUGCCUUCGCGGGUGGCCCGGCUGCUGUCGGCGCUGUUCUACGGGACCUGCUCCUUCCUCCUCGUGCUGGUCAACAAGGCGCUGCUGACCUCCUACGGUUUCCCGUCACCAAUUUUCCUUGGAAUUGGACAGAUGGCAGCCACCAUAAUGAUACUAUAUGUGUCCAAGCUAAACAAAAUAAUUCACUUCCCUGAUUUUGAUAGGAAAAUUCCUGUAAAGCUCUUUCCUCUGCCUCUCCUCUACGUUGGAAACCACAUAAGCGGAUUAUCAAGCACAAGUAAAUUAAGCCUGCCGAUGUUCACCGUGCUCAGGAAAUUCACCAUUCCACUUACCUUGCUUCUGGAGACCAUCAUACUCGGGAAGCAGUAUUCGCUCAACAUCAUCGUCAGUGUCUUUGCCAUCAUUCUCGGGGCUUUCAUAGCAGCUGGGUCUGACCUUGCUUUUAACUUAGAAGGCUAUAUUUUUGUAUUCCUGAAUGAUAUCUUCACAGCAGCAAAUGGAGUUUAUACCAAACAGAAAAUGGACCCAAAGGAGCUAGGGAAAUACGGGGUGCUCUUCUACAAUGCCUGCUUCAUGAUCCUUCCAGCCCUUCUUAUUAGUGUCUCCACUGGAGACCUGCGACAGGCUACUGAAUUCAACCAAUGGAAGAAUGUUCUGUUUAUCCUACAGUUUCUUCUUUCCUGUUUUUUGGGGUUUCUGCUGAUGUACUCCACGGUUCUGUGCAGCUAUUACAAUUCAGCCUUGACGACAGCAGUGGUUGGAGCCAUCAAGAAUGUAUCCGUUGCCUACAUUGGGAUGUUAAUCGGCGGAGACUACAUUUUCUCUUUGUUAAACUUUGUAGGAUUAAAUAUUUGCAUGGCAGGGGGCUUGAGAUAUUCCUUUUUAACACUGAGCAGCCAGUUAAAACCGAAACCUGUGGAUGAGGAAAACAUUCGUUUGGAUUUGAAGAGCUAGAGUCUGCGGCAGGAUUGGAGGCUGACUUGUGACUGGGGCUGGGGGUAUUCCCAGUGGGAAUGUGAAGCCAGAGGUUUCAGAUCCGUGACAUCCACCCCCUGGGCAAGUGAGAGCAUCUGCAAAAUGCAAAGAGAACUACCUCAUAUGCAUGCACGAUGAGCCAAUGGCAGUCCCGAGAAAUGUACCUGGGCCACGCCUUACCGGUGAAAAGCAAAUCUUCAAAAUAAGCCACUGGGACUCGGUAGGUGGAGCCCCAGCUGCUCUUCUGGGGACCUGCGGGGCCUUCGUGGCAUCUCUGUGCCAUGUGCGGGCAGGAGGUUGAUGUAAUUGUGACUGUUUUCUGAUCAGCACCUUGGCCGUGAUUCGCAAGGUCCCAGCCAAAGCAAAGGGCCAGUUGUUGCAGUUUAAACAGUCGUCUUUAUUCUAAUAAAAUUAGUUAACUGCCAGUAAUUUGUUAGCUUUGAUGAAAGCUAUGUUAGUAUCUCUUCCUAAUCAUCGAAGUAAAUAAAAAAUCACUUCUAUGUA